GAGCACACAAGCCUGCAAAUAUAUGUAUAACCAAUAAACCUCUUUUUCGUCCAACCCAAACAGAAGCAUGGAUACUAAAAAUAUUCAGCAGAAAACUCCUAAAUCAAGAAGAAGUGGAAUUAAAAAGAAGGUAGUUUAUAGUCCGGAAAAUUAUAACCGUUUAAAAGGCAUACAAAUUGUGAAACCUGUUGUCUAUGGAAAUUUGUCAUGGAAACUUUUACCGGAACAACAAAAAGAUUGUCACACUCACCAAUGGAUAGUUUAUUUGAAAGGACAUAACGACGAAGACAUUUCCAAAUUCGUAAAAUACGUCCAAUUCAAACUACACGUAAGCUACGACAAUCCGAUUCGAAUUUGUCAUAAUCCUCCCUUCCAAGUGACUGAAACUGGUUGGGGAGAAUUUGAAGUCGUAAUUAGAAUAUUUUUUAAAGAUGAUGUUGAGAAGCCGAUCACAUUGUAUCACUAUUUGAAACUUCUUCACAAACCGGAAGAGAAUCCUCAUAAGCCAAUAAUUUCUGAGUUUUAUGACGAGCUCGUCUUUACCGAUCCUACGUUGAUCAUGUAUGAUUUACUGCGCUUAGAGGAAUCAACUAUUCCAAGUUCCAAGCAGAGAUGGGUGGAUCAUGAAGAGAAAAAACUCAUCACUCUGAGGAAAAUUUUGGAUGCAAAAUCGAAAUUGCGAAACGAAAUAUUGGAGUUGAAAACAAAACUCGCCAAUUCGAAAGCUAUAAUCGAAAUUCUUAAAUCCCAAAUCACAGCAUAGAAGAGGAAUCACAGCAUAGAAGAGGAAAAGUAAAUUGGGUUAUAUUUAAAAGUUAUUGAUACUUACUUUUUAUUAUUUGUAAUUGACUAAAGUAAUGCGUCAGUUUGAGCCUGCGGUUAAUUAGUUUUCUAAAGAAAAAGUAUUUUGAUUGUCAAAAGAGUUUUUUUUUAUUGAUGCAGUGCAAAUUUUGUUUAUAUUACUUCUUAAGGUAAAUCAUCAUAUGAAUGAAUUAAAAGCUUAUUUUUUGA